CCAAUCAACUAUAUUGGCCCAGAUAUUUUCAAUCAAUAUGCAAGCUCUAAUUAUUUGAAUUUUCAGGGUUGUACAGGAUAUCACAACUUUGCUCCAAGAUUGGGCACGGAUAUUUCAGAGGCUAAGGAAAUACAUGAAGUCUUCAAAGUAUGAUGUCUAUGUUCCCAGGAUAAAUACUUGAGGUGAAGCACUAAAUGCUCAAUGUGUUCAAGGCGACUGGUUGGAUCUGGAUAUUUCACUGAUUAUGAAUGGAAGUGUCAAAUGGCAGGACUUGAUAUCGAGGUGAAGAGAUUUUGGGAUUUUUACGUCUGAUGACAUGAUAAACUCUCUCGACAUGCAAAUGCGCAUUGUUUAACAAAAGGCAUGUCAUCAGUCUCCAACUGGAACAUACGGUCAAUAAUUAUUUCACUCGUGUUUGCUCAAGACGAAAUGACCCGUUUUAAUGUAAUAUAUAAGAGCGAACAGUCAACAUUGAAAAACAAUGGCUAAUUCUCUUUAUAUGUUAUUUUCCAGAGUGACUCUGCUAAAUCCCAAAUAAGGACACCUAGCCAUAUAGUGACAAGUUUAAAGGAGAGAAAGGUUCAGAAAGUAGUGGCAAUUUUUUAGUUCAGUCAUGAAGGCCUAGUUCCAGAGGCCUAAUUAUAUGUUGGUGAACUUUCAGGUCAUCACGUGAGAGGAAAGUCCUACAAUCUCACAGUACAUCGGCGCUAUUACUGUUUAUACUUGUAAUAUUGUUCUGCGAAGUCAGGCCUGCUCCUGAAUCCUUAGUCCAAUAUAGUAACUAUUUCAACCCAUGAACUGGUAAUGAAUAAAUCAAGCUUUUAAGAGACCUCGGAUGUCCAACACAUCAUUUGUUACACUCAUUACUUUCAAAGCCUUGGAAAUUCAUAAAACGUCCCAAUGGCAAAAAGAGCAUAUGAAACAUUUGGAGUAAAGGACACAUCUCUGUCUAAUGAGAAAGAUAAACUAUUGGAUUCGAAAGGAGAUGCACUUUCUGGUUCUUUGAAGACAGCUCAAGGCCUGACGAUAUGGACGGCAGUGAUGUUCGUCGUUGGGGAUAUUGCUGGUACUGGUAUUCUAGCGUUGCCAAAAGCCAUUGUGGAUUGUGGGGGUCCACUUGGUAUAGUAAUGUUGUUCAGUAUGUGCACUGUAGCAGCGUACACCGGGGUCACACUGGGGUGGAGCUGGGAGAUGCUGGAGGAUCGAUAUGAGGAGUACCGUCUUUUACACGUCCAAGACCCCUUCGCAGCAAUUGGUUAUAGGGCUAUGGGAAACUUUGGAAGAUAUUUGGUGAGGGUCGCUAACUACAUGUCAAUUUUUGGAUGUGGAGUCAUUUUCCUCUUACUAUCAGCGGAGAUGGUGGAGGGCCUCCUGAGUGUUCCACUCCCUAAUAUCACUUUCUGUGUUUGGAUGUUGGUGGUGGCAGCCAUACUGGUUCCAAUCUCAUGGUUGGGGACGCCGAAGGACAUGUGGCCUGUUGCGAUUGGAGCCACGAUGUCGUCUGGUAUUGCAUGCAUCCUAAUAUUUGCCAACCUUGUGAUACUGAUACCAGAAACUGUCCCCAACAUCAAACACAGUCCAAUCAAAGUGGAGGGAGUCUUCAUGGCAUUUGGGACAAUCACCUUUGCAUUUUGUGGACACACAGUCUUUCCCACAAUUCAACAUGACAUGCUGGAUAGAAGUAAAUUUGCAAAUGUAAUUAUACUGGGGUAUGUAGGAAUGAUGACCAUGUUCGCACCAAUGGUAAUAUCGGCCUUUUAUAUCCUCGGAGACUUAACAAGUGAUAACGUACUCGUCACAAUUGAAGCAAUAGACAAGAGCUGGAUCACAUACACAGUGCAAGUCCUCUUCCUAUUUCAUUUACUGUCAGCAUUCAAUAUCGUGCUCAACCCCCUGUGGCAGGGACUGGAACACAUUUGUCAUUUUAAAAAUGAAUUUGGUAUUAAAAGAAUCAUCCUACGAACUCUGAUGAUUGGAGUCGUACUGUUUGUAGCAGAAUCCGUCCCACGAUUCGGCCCGAUCAUGUCCCUAGUGGGUGGAACUUGCCUGAACCUUAUGGUCUUUAUACUUCCACCAAUAUUUUACGAGCUGCUGUGUAGAGGAGAUGGGGAGUUCCCAAAAGUGAAUAUCCCACUCCACAUGCAUGUCAUCCAUAUAGAGAUUAUAGUGGUAGGAAUCAUCGCUGGUGCAGCUUCAUGCUAUUCAGCCAUCAAUGAGAUCGUUGCGCCAGGAACAUUUAUACCACCGUGUUAUCUCAAUGCAACUGCUGCAAAGGAGUUAUAGCCCAGAGGAGCCGACUACCACAGUGCAAAUUGGUUCCUGUUCAGACAUGUGUCUGUUAUACAUCAUUUUGUUUAAUAGUGUUAACUUCCUCAUGUGACAUGUAUUAAGUGAACUUUAUUUCUUGAAAAGAGGAAUUCAAUUACCGAUUUAUUUUAGUGGUUCAAUCCUUCUGCCAAAUCAACUGAA